UAAUGAAUAACAAAAAUGAUCAAGUUUUCAAAGAGCCUCCUCCAUAUUACUUGUAAAUUAAUGUAUAAAGAUUAUUUAUAGUUUUGGCAUUCCUCUUCAUAAUAAGAGAGUGGCAUAACAAUUUUGCUUUAUUUUCAUCCUAGUCUUAAUUAUACCUUUUUCAAUGUUUUUUGGAUUAAGAGAAUCCUUAGGAGAAGUAAGUGCUGGUAUCUCAGCUGUUGUGUCUAUAUAAUUUGUUAUAGCCUAUUAUGUUAUUAUGAUCAUAAGAGACCCAGAGAACUUUCCAAAUGCUGAUAAAGCAAGAAAGCAAAUUGAAUAAAGAAAAUAAUAAACUAAACAAAAUUAAGUAGAAACAGAACCAAUCAAAUAAAGUGGUUAAAAGAAAGAUAAUUAAUCACAAAAAAAUAAAUUGAAAUAAAAUUGAC